GGAGACAGGUGUUUUAAGCAGCGGCACAAGUGUCGAUCGCGCCGUAAUAAGGUCAAACGACCCUCCGUGAUUCAUACAGCUCCGCGGUGAGCCAAUAUUAGUGAGCUGUAGAGCUUUUAAUUGCCUGCAGACUGAGCGUGAUCUUGGGGUCUCUGGCACCACCGAGCAUGAGCACUUGCCGCUGGCUCCGUCGCGGCACUCGCGGGCACCGAUGCCGCCAUCCAGUUACCAGCCAGACCGCGUCGCAGGCGGGAGUGUCGCUGCCUCGCUCCCCGGAACUUGUGACACUGUGUCGGACGGAAAGAGAGAAUGACACUGGUACGAGGGCUUGGCGCUGAUUGGUUGCUUGGGUAAUGUGAGGGUUCGGUAUGACAUAGAUCAGUGACAAGCAUGGCAGACGUAACGCGGAAAUAAUACUUUCGAGAUCUAAUAAACACCUGUUGCUCUAUCUGCGAGUGUAAACUUCGACAGGCAGAUGAAACUGAGGUCUUUGCGAUCGUGAGAGCAACUAACCGAUGGAGGAAAGUAGAGUCGAGCAAACAAUGUAAAGUCUUACUUAGUUUGUCUGUUGUCGCGUGAAUUCCUGGGAUGUCAGGGUUGAGAAAGAUGUCCUUAUUAAAUCUGACGUCGGUGCCGGAGAGGAGUCCGGACGACGCGCCCCUGACUCUCACUCCGAACUACACUUUCCUCGUGUCCAUCGUCGACUCGGACAACCGCACGGUCGACGCCAACGCCACAGGCAGUGACUCCAACAUGUCGGCGAUAGAGACCAACAUCCUGUCCUACCCGACGACGCAGGCCAUCUUCUACAUAGAGUACAUGACCAUCUUCCUCCUGGGCGUGUUCGGCAACUGCCUCGUCUGCCACGUCGUCUUUCGCAACAAGGCCAUGCAGAACGUCACCAAUUUCUUCAUCACCAACCUGGCACUCGCGGACAUCCUGCUGUGUGUUCUGGCCGUGCCCUUCACGCCCCUCUACACCUUCAUGGAGGAGUGGCUCUUCGGCAGGAUCCUGUGCCACCUGGUGACCAUGGCGCAGGGCACCAGCGUGUACGUGUCCACGCUGACCCUCAUGUCGAUCGCCAUCGACAGGUUCUUCGUGAUCAUCUACCCGUUUCGGCCUCGGCUGCGCGUGCCCAUCUGCUACCUGAUCAUCGUGUCCAUCUGGCUGUUCUCCAUCUCGGCCACGCUGCCCUACGCGCUGUUCGUGCGCCAGGUGGAGUACCAGGACCGCUUCUACUGCGAGGAGCUGUGGCCCUCCGAGUCCAUCCGCCAGGUGUUCAGCCUGUUCACCGCCAUCAUGCAGUUCGUGGUGCCGUUCAUCAUCAUCCUGUACUGCUACGUGAAGAUCUCGAUCCGCAUGAACGAGAGAGUGAAGGCCAAGCCGGGCAGCAAGAGCUCGCGCAAGGAGGAGGCCGACCGCGAGCGGAAGCGCCGCACCAACAGGAUGCUCAUCGCCAUGGUCACCAUCUUCGGCGUCUCGUGGCUGCCCAUGAACGUCGUCCACCUCGUCGGCGACUACUACGCCCCCGCCAGCUCCUGGAACUACUACAACCUUUGUUUUUUCAUCACGCACGUCGUGGCUAUGUCGUCCACCUGCUACAACCCCUUCCUGUACGCCUGGCUCAACGAAAACUUCCGCAAGGAGUUCCAGCUGGUGUUGCCGUGCUUCCAGCAGACGCCCUCCACCGACCGCGUCGGCCACUGGCGCUCGGAGCGGACCUGCAACGGCAACGACACCCAGCAGGAGACCUUGCUCGCCUCGGGCGCCGCUGCAGGAGGGGCGGGCGCGGGACGGCCACCGCUGAGGAGCCAGCAAUCCUGCGCCAACGAGAGUCCUACGAGCAAAGCACAGGCCACCCUGGAGGCCCAUCCCCUGACCACCUUCAUCGAGGUGCCGUCGCGCCCCAGCGACGGCGCCCACGACCAAGCCGUCGAACCGCUUGUUAACGGGGAGGCCUCAGAGUACGUGUGAAUGUAAGUAGGCUAUGGACCUGCGCUCACGUCUGUUCUCCUUCUCUCAUACAUGCAAUUAAGACGCUGUUCUUAUACUCUAUAAUCAAAAUGACAUGUUCUCCUUUGUAAUGUCUGUGGACUGCAUAAGGCACGUGUAUAUAUAACUUGCACCUAUCCACGGUGUAAUUGGCUACGUGCGAGAUCUGGCGAAAAUAACGUACGAUAUACCUGUCAAACCCGUAUUCAGAAGGUUCAAUGGCAACUUCUUUCGUCGAAAACACAGAUUCUUUAUUUCCGACCAGAGAGGCUUCCUCGAAAACCUCCUGAAGAAAAUUGUCAAAAUAAACCAUUUUUCUCAUCACUGAAAUUACAGCAGUAACUUCUGUUCGUAAAUAGACGUAUCAGACUUUACCAUACUUGAUA